GAACACCCGUGUUCCUGAGUGUUGCUGAGAAGCUCGGUGCGCCUGGGCUCUCGUUGCUGCUGUUUGAUGCCUGCGUAGUUCAUCCCAGUUCAUCCCUACAUGCAGCAUCUCGUGGGUUUCCUCGCGGCUGCUGGUGCCUGUGCUUUGUUGGGCGCCUGGUGGCUUUGGACGGAGGUGCCUCAUGCAGACUAUGUUUUGUUGUCGGAGGAUGAGCGCCUGGCCCGCUUCAACGAACGUUGCUUUGCAGAGGUCACAGUCGGCUUUCCCGAAGAAGAGGAGGAGAUGCCCUCCGAGUGGGCCAUGCACAGCGCAGUGGUUGCUUUGCUUCACGGAGAAGUGAGCCCUGCGGAGCGGUGGCUGGAUGACCCACAUCCACCUGCCAGCUGGGACUGUCGCCCAGCUGAUCUACCACGACACUGGCGGAUCAAUCAGCGAAUGCAUUUCCAAGCCGUGGCCGCAGAUGGCACGUUGCUUGAGAGGUCCUUCGACCCCGACUUGGAUCCCUCCGCGCACGAUGACGAGGAGCCAUGGGCACAGCACAGUUGCGCGGCUCAGCAGCUGACGUCGGAAGGCUUCAAGCAGGCAGUGCUGAAUGGCCGGCACUUGGCAGCCCGCUAUGAGCAGGUCUUGAGCUCUGCAAGCCUCGAGGUCUUGAGCGUGGACAGCAAGCCAUCGCGCACCGCGGUGGUGGGUACCUUGUUGCCCUUACUGCCAGACGUGGAAGGGACAGUCUCCAUCCACAUGGUCCCAAUGGCCCCAGAAUUGGCUUCAGUGACAGCCACAGAUGAUUUGCUGGCCAGGUGGUGUCAUGUGGGCACCCUCCCUUGCACUCGUGAUGCUUGCAUGACCCCGGCGGCUGCCACUGAAGCCAUCCAACGAGCAGACUCAGAGAUUUGCAAAGACUCCGGCGAGUCUUUGGGAUGGUUACAGCUGGCCAGGAAGAAUAGGCACUUUGCGCUCGUGAGCCUGGAUGUGGUCCGGCUCACGCGACUGAUGGCACGCCUGGGCCUCACCUGCCGAGAAGUGACCCGAGAGACUCCGCUGCAGCGUCCAGCCCGUGGCUCCAUGCUGCAGAUGGAGCGCUGGGCCAGGCAUGAAGAGGUCCGCUGGCGAAUCCUUUGGAAUGGCCUGGACGUGAGCGUGCUGGUGUGCGGGGAUGUUGGAGAUCCGUCCAGUCCAAGGGGAUGUGAGGAAUCGUUGAUUCUGCGGAUGCUCGAUGCCAAUCGGACAGGCGCUUGGGGAGCUGUGCGAGGAGCUGAUCCGAGCGGCGGAUCCCCGCCACGAGGAACAGUCACUGAACCUGAAGGCACAGGGCAAGGACACCAAGGACAGGGCGAUUCGAGGGAUGAUCUGGAUCCAACUGGCGCAACGGAGGAGGUCUCCUACCAACGCCGCGGGGACCGUGAACGUGCACGGGCAGCAGAGUAUUUGAGGGAGCAAGCUGUCGAGGAGGAACGCCAGCGUGAGGUGGAGCGAACCCGCGAGCGCGAAGCCCUCGAGUUCAAGCGCUGGCCAAGUGUGUCCGCAAAGGAGGUCGUGGUGCCAGCGCAAGAGAAGGCGGCCUCAGAUUCAGAGGAUGAAGAGGACGAGGUCUCACGUGCCCACCGCGAAAGCACCCAACGACGCCUUCGUGAGCUGGGCCAGCCUGCCACCUUCUUUGCCGAGACGGAUGCUGAACGCUGGGACAGGCUGCAGAGAUGCGAACUGAAUCGUGACCAGGAUGUCUUGGCGGAUGGCUCCACAAACGUCAUGCAAAUUCUGGACCGACGCCAGCAGCGUGAGCGAGAGGCUGCUGGUGGCAUCCGUGGUACUGACAUUGUGGAUGCCGAGGACGCCGAAUUCGCCGCGCUGGAAGGGACCGUCUCGCGCCACGAGCCCAUCGAACAGGAUAGCGCAUCUGAAGAAGAAGGAGGCCCACGGCUGGCCGCAGUGCUUGGGAAGGACACGGAGCGUGACAAAGAGGCAGAGGAGGCCCAGAAGAAGUUGGAUGAAGCCUCACAUGAGGUGACAUCGUGGAUCCGUAGCAUGUCCUCCUGCUCAGACCUUCAGCGGUCGUGCAACUCGGGAUCGUGUGCGACCUUCGGCGAGUCCGCGUGGUGGAAGCUUUUGGGUCGAUGCAGGUUGCCGCUUUUGGCGGCCUCAGUUCAUCUCAGUUCACAACAAGAAUCGGGUGGUCUUGGCAGAGCAUACGGAGGGCCCUUGGGGCUGUCCGCGAAAAAGACAGGUGGGAUCUGAAGGGCUACAGAUUACAGAUUUGUCCUCUCAUCAGGUCUUUUGCCGCCACGUUUCGGAGAAAAACACACCAUCCCCAGCUGGACACAACUUGUUGGAAUCACUCCUACAGUCCUACAGGGUACAGUAUCAACUCAUUUUCCUCAAGCUUGAAUGAGUGUGGCUGAGAUGUCUAGUUCAGUGGCUGAAGUUAUCCUGGCGGCAGGACAAUGAGGCUUCGAGGCCAUUAUACAUUGCACUUUGAACUCGAAAGGAAGGCAGACAACAACCCUGCUGCGGCCCACGUCCAAUUACAAAGGAACAUGCACUUACCAGACCCAACAUGUUGCAAGAUGAUUUCCUGUACCAGGGGUGGCCCAGGAUUGAUUUAUGUAACAAUUUAUAUACUGUACUGUAUGUAUACAUAUUGAGUUUCCAGGCUACCGCCUGCAGCUGCUGACCCGGGACCACGUGCAGGGAAGAACAGCAGCGGUUGGAAUUGUGUAUGCGGCCAUGUGUAGUGUGAGUAGUGUGAGCCAAGAAUGACGGCAAGGGCGGCGAUGGGAAGCUGGGAAAGGCCGGCUCCGGGACGCGCAAUGCAGGCCCACAAGACAAUGCAUAAGGCCCUGCGGCGGUGUGCAGCUGACCUUUGAAUCGCGAGCUCAGAAGCAAUGUGGUGCAACAACAGGAAUGCAGCAGGGUACCAGAAAUAUGGGACUCAAUAAGGCCUCGUGACUCGUGUUGAGCAAUGGCAGUGGCACCUUUUCUGUGCAGCCGUUGUAGUCACUAUAGUGUUGAACUGAGCAGCUGCUGCAGGUGUUUUUUGGCUGCUAAGCUAUGUUUGGGGAUCAGAGAGGGCACGUCAAGUGUCUUGGUAGUGUAAGUUCUGUUGUGACACCUGUUUGAGUAACGUUGGAGCUGUAAGCAAGGUUGAAGGGGCAAAGAGAAAAAGACUCUGUCCGUGGGGAGAAGUGCAAGGCUUUGCCCAUGGGGACGCGUGAAGUAUAUGUACAGAAGAAAUGCUAGAGCAGCGGCGACGUACCCGCAGGAAGAGGGCUGUGCCCAUAUAAAGACUGCUGGCCGCAAUAGCCUCUCACACGUGGGGCAGGAGGUUCUUAACAUCUGCCAAUUUGCGCCUGACUCACAUUGCAGACCCUUCUCGGUUGUGCAACUUCAGCAAGCCCUACAUAGACGUGAGGGAAUACUUUAAAAAGACAAACAAAAACCCAGAGUCCC